AGAGAUGCAUCUGACAAAUCUUGAAUGACAACUGAGCGAUUUCGGGGAGGAUUACUUAAGAGGGUUGGGUGAGGGAUGAUCCCAAUCUCCUUUGCUCUUUGGAGGCCCACCCUCUAGCAUUGCCAACUCAAGUCUUAUUCUUUGGCUGGUGAUCUGAUUCAUAGGCAGCAUCCUAAAAUUGAGAGUCUGUGGAGCUAAGAGAGACAUGACCCAAGAUUACAUCCUCAGGAAAGGUUUCUGUCGUCAUGGCUGAAGUAAUUGCUUGUUUUGAUGGCUCUGAUAUUCAGUUUCUCCUUUGACAUUUUUGGCGGAUCACUGCAGAAGUGGGGAAAACUCACCUUGUCACAGAGUGCUACAUUGUCUAAAAUAAGCGGUUCACUUGGCUGUAUAUUGCUACUCUUAGACACUUGGGCACUUGUUGAUGCUAUUGCAGAAGGAUAUAAUUAAUUGACACAAGCUGCUUGUUCUUGGAGAUGUUAAUCAAUAGAGGUUGUCUGGGUGAAGUUCCUCUUACUUUGAACCAACAAAGAAUGACUAUUGCCUCAGAAACAAAUUCUUGAGAAAUCACUUACAUAAUCCUCAUCCAUUGGCGGAACUUGAGGCUGUGCAGUCACCAUAGGAGAUGAUGCUGUGAUCUUAGCUCUCAGCUUCACCUUUAACAUGUUAAAGGAUCACCUUGGAAAGAGUAGAAAACUCACCUUGUCACUGAGUGGUACAUUGGCUGCAACAGCUGAUUCACUUGGUCAUAUAUUUUGCUCUUACACACUCAGGCACCUGUAGUGGUGCAAUUAUGGAAGUCAAGUCAAUGUUACUAGUUACUACCGUGCAGUCACCAUUGAAGAUGAUGCAGUGAUCUCAGCUUUCAGACUUUUAGAAGAUAGAAGAAGGUCCUUGGUGGAAACCAUUUUGUCAAAAGUCGAAAGAAAAACCUCAAUGAUAGAUUUAUUAUGAGAAUUCUGUGAUGGUGACAAUGAGAGACAUAAGAGGUGGAGCUUGUCAAAUUCCAUCUCCUGAGAAAUGGGCAGAACUUGAAUCAGUAGAUCUCUCAUCAAACGAGCUUGAUGGCAGGAUUUCUGAACAAUUGACAAGUCUGACAUUCCUUUCGGUUUUGAACUUUUCAUACAACUUGUGAUUCACAUCCUUCAAGGGAAGCAGCUCGAUACUUUUUCUAAAGAUUGCUACAUUGGAAACUUAGAUUGUGUGGAAUUCCAUUGACAAAGAAAUGCCAAGUGACAAAGAACCAGAAUCACCUCCUUCAAAUUUGAAAAGAAGAUGAUGAUUCUGCAGCAUUAUUUGAUUGAAAAUUUGCAUUGAUGGUUUAUGGUUGUGGGCUGCUGUUGGGACUUAGUCUUAGUCUUGGAUACAUUGUGUUCACAACAGGAAAACCAUUCUGCUCAGUGUAGAGGGUAGAGGUAUGUCAACAGAAAUUUGUGGGAUGGUACAGCCGCAGAAAUGAAACGAGAAAAAACCAGCAACCUGACCAAUGCUCUUAGGCGAGUUUCUGCAGCCAAACUAUGCUAUUUAUGGCCUUUUUUAGCCACGACAAUGUAUAUAAAUAAUUAAAAUUUUCCACUCCUGUUCUCUGCUCCACAGCGAUGCUCGAAAUAAGCUGCAGGCAGCUGCACUUCUUUUCUUCCACUUAGAAGAUCUAGCCAAAAAAUUACAAGCAUGAGCAAACAGAGCAUUGCUUCUUGUUCGUGAGUUCAUUCUGCAUUGUUUCAUGAGGUUUUUUUCGCUGAAAUACUAUUUUCGUUCUUUUCCCUACUUUUUCUUGUUCAAUGUUGAAAGAGCAGCAUGCUGAAUGGGGAUCAUUGUAUUAUAUUAAUAUAAAUUUAAAACUGUU